UCCCUUAAAGGGUUUGAGUCAACAACUUGGGCUAAGGAACCUGAAGUGUUAUUGGAGAACCGUUAGCCUUGGCCCUAGGUUCUAGAGGAGGAGGCUGUGGCUGGGAGAGCGGUGCAUGACGGGAAGGCGGAGGGGAGGCGGUUGUAUUGGGUUAUUCCCACAACUGCGGUUCCCAAGAGGACGGAGUCCCAAGCAGAGAGUGGGAGGAAGUGCAGGGAGGCCCUCUUCCCAGGCCCUGAAGGGAGCUCCCAAGAGAAGGACUGUUUGGGGGGAAGCAGCAAAGGGGCCACUAUGGACCAAUACAGCAUCCUGGGUCGCAUUGGUGAAGGAGCCCAUGGCAUUGUUUUUAAAGCCAAGAACAUAGAAACUGGGGAAACAGUCGCCCUGAAGAAGGUGGCUCUCCGGAAGCUGGAGGAUGGGAUUCCCAACCAAGCGCUUCGGGAGAUCAAAGCCCUGCAGGAGAUUGAAGAAAACCAACAUGUGGUGAAACUAAAGGAUGUUUUCCCCCAUGGCACAGGGUUUGUGCUGGUGUUCGAAUAUAUGCUGUCUGACCUGUCUGAGGUGAUCCGAAACUCUGAACAGCCCCUCACUGAGGCCCAAGUCAAAGGCUACAUGCUUAUGUUGCUCAAGGGAGUGGCUUUCUGCCAUGCCAACUCCAUCAUGCACCGGGACUUGAAACCAGCCAAUUUGCUGAUCAGCUCCACGGGUCAGCUGAAAAUUGCUGAUUUUGGUCUGGCCAGAGUGUUUACCAGUGAUGGAGAGAGGCUCUAUAGCCACCAAGUAGCCACCAGGUGGUAUCGGGCUCCUGAACUCCUGUAUGGCGCUCGGAAAUACGAUGAAGGUGUGGAUCUGUGGGCCGUGGGCUGCAUCUUUGCUGAACUUCUCAACAAUUCUCCGCUCUUUCCUGGAGAGAAUGAUAUUGAGCAGCUAUGUUGUGUCCUGCGAGUGCUUGGGACACCUAACCAGAAGAUCUGGCCGGAGAUCACUGAGUUGCCUGAUUACAACAAGAUCUCCUUCAAAGAGAAGUUGCCCAUUCCUCUGGAGCAAGUAGUGCCUGAUGCUUCCCCACAAGCUGUGGAGCUCCUGAAACAGUUCCUGGUUUAUCCUUCCAAACAGCGUGUGCAGGCAGCACAGGCCCUCUUGCACCCAUAUUUCUUCACCCCUCCACUGCCCGCCCAUCAUUCAGAGCUGCCCAUUCCCCAGCGUGGGGGCAAAAAGACCCGUCAGGGGCCUCAACACCAACGUGACUUCCACGUCGAGCAGCCAUUGGAAGAGUCUCUCGUGGACCUGGAGCUUGUGGCGCCAUAUGUGAUUGACGCAUGAAGAAGGGAUCUUUCUUGCUUGCACACUUGUGCUCUAUUUCACGUGGGAGGCUGGCUCACCCUGAAGGGGAACUGGGCCAUACAGCAAGGAAGAGGGGCCACAAGAGAAAUUUUAAGGUGGGUAGAGCUGCUACUGCAGCAGGACAUAAAGAAGAAGCUGCUUAUGCCCUGAGUUUCUCUUUACGUGGGUUGUAAAGCAGACAUGGAGGAUGAACAGCUUUCUGUACGUUGUUGAACUUCCACUCCCAUUACCUUCAGGUGGCUGUGCUGGCUAGGACAAAUGAGAGUUGCCAUCCUACAAUAUGGGGGGUGGGGGAGGCACAUAGAGAGAGAAGUCCUGCCCAUUGUGGUAUUUGGCAGAUCUCUGCAUAAGCAGCUGUCUGCCCAAUGGCAGCAAGUGAGAAAAAAAAGUAUCCUUGCCAAUACAUUCCUUGUUUCAUGAAACCAGUGUUGGCACAGAUGGAUACCAUGGGGCUUUCCACCCCCCCCCCCCCCCCCCCCCCCCACUCCUUUAAGGGUCUUCCAGGGCUUUUGGGCUGUUUCAGUUCUCUCUUGCUGUUCUGAUGUUUUGUAAAGGUGCUGGUUUUGUGCAGCACUGUAAAGUUUUGUAAUUAAAUCCUUGGUAACAGUGAAUAAAAUUCCUGGACUCUUUCUUGAAA